AUGUCUCAGAAACACAUGGAAAGGAAGGGCUUUCGACAGCGAUCACCUCCAUUCCUCAAAUACCUGCAGAGCAUCCUUCGCAAGUACCCAGAUGGGGGUCAGAUCUUAAAAGAACUGGUCCAGAAUGCGGAUGACGCAAAUGCCAAAGAUGUGAUCUUUCUCUACGAUGAACGGACGUUUGGAACCCAGAGUCUUUUCUCGGAGGGACUGGCGAGUGCCCAAGGUCCUUCACUGCUCGCGUACAAUGACGGCCUGUUCUCCGAGGCGGAUUGGGAUGGGAUCCAGAGUCCCGGCCUGAGUCACAAAGUAGACGACCCCUCCACAGUCGGGCGAUUUGGCUUGGGCUUCAAUUCGGUUUACCACAUCACAGAUUUCCCAUCUAUUCUCUCUGGUCAAUGGCUAGGAGUGCUGGACCCACAACGAACAGCGUUAAACGACGGGGGUCAGCUUUGCAGCGUGGACGACUGGGAAGAGGCAUCUGACCAGUUCCAGCCUUUCUGGGCAGCUCUGAAAUCGCUAGGCCGGCCUUGCCCGCCCACUGAGGGCCACUUCCCUGGCACCUUGUUCCGCUUCCCCCUACGCCACAGCCCCUCGGGGAUCUCGGAAAAUCUCUACAGCCAGCAACGGGCCCGGGAGCUGCUGCUUGCAUUCUUGGAUGAUGCUCCCGUCAGCUUGCUGUUCCUCAGGAACGUCCGGCGGCUAACGCUGGGUUUCGUCGGACCCGACGGCUCCAUCAGCGAGCUGCUGAAGGCUGAGGUCGUGAAUCGCCCCCUUAAUGGGCCGAACGCGGGCCGAGGCGUCCUUCACUGGGCGUUGGAGGCUGUGCAGGGUUGUGCUCAGCUGGAUACUGAAGUUGGCAUCACCACGCUUGCCCUGUCUGGAACUGGGAUUGGGCAGGCCACCCGCAAGGAUUGGCUGAUGCUGUCGGCGGUAGCUAAAAAGGAAGCCUUUCCAGAAGUCUGGGGCCUCGUGGAUUCUGUCCGCUCCGAGCCGGCCUUGUCCUUGGCUUACCCAUUGGAAGGAGGGUGUGCCGGCCGCCUCAGCUGCGUCCUGCCUCUCCCAGCCACGGAGGAGAAUGCCACGGGCCUGCCGCUGCAUAUCAGCGCUCCUUUCCAGCUGACGGAUGACCGCAGACACGUGCAGUGGUCCGAAGAGGGCUCCCGAGCCCGGGGAGGGGAUGCCCGUUGGAACCACCUGCUGAUGGAGGAGAUGCUGCCAGUUGCGUAUUGCCAAGUCCUGCUUCUGGCAUCUGGCUGUCCUGGUGACCCGUACGGGGCCUGGCCAGACCCUGCUCGAAGCCAGCAACUCCGAUACAAGGCCCUAGUAGCUCGGAUAAGCCAGAGUUUGAUGGACAUGAAACUUUUGGUGCGGGUUGGAGGUGGGGAUCCCCGUUUGCUCCUUCCCCGUGAAUCUGUCAUCUUGCCAGAGAAGGUGACAGGAAAACCAGUGGGUCGGGCACUGGAGAAGGCCCUGGUCUUGGCAGGGUCACUGCUGGCGGUUGCCCCUCCCCAUGUCCGUCGGGCCUUGGCGUUGGGUGCUAAAGGUAGGAAAGAGGUGCAGGAAGCGAACGCAGGAUUUGCGAGAGAGACCCUGCGAAAGGCUACCCACAUCUGGAGUAAGGUAUCUGACCCGGAUAAAUUGUUGCUGCUGGAAUACUUGGCCGGAGAUGGGUGCUACCCGGCGCUGAAAGGCCUGCCACUGGUGCCCAUGGCAAAUGGGCGCUUUGCCAGUUUGGGAGAUUCUGCGGAGACGGUGUUCAUCGAGAGCUGUAACUUCCCCAGGAUCCUCUUGCCUGGCCUGGCUCACCAGUUUCUACCGAAGGAUUUGAACCCUGAGCUGCUCAAGCAUCUGCAAGCGAUUGCCGAACAAGAGCUAUUCAGAAAUCUGGUCACCUUGAAUCACCGUGUUGUUGAGCAGAACAUUCGGGCGGCUCUCCCCAUGGAUUGGAACAGCAGUAGUUCAACCCCUGUGACUUGGUACCCACAGAAGUCCCCGAAUCAACCCCCUCUGGAGUGGCUUUCUGCAUUCUGGACUUUCCUGAAUCGCCAUGCUUCCUCCCUGGCACCCUUCAGGGGCUGCCCGCUGAUACCGUUGACGUCUCUGCACAAUUCCCCCAAUGGCAUCCAGCUGGCACGGCUUCUGCCUCAGCCUACCCUCAUGUUCCGGAGCCAUGACAGGUACAGUUUGUUGGACGAAGUGGCUGGCAUUCUGGAGUCGCUGGGGUGCACCGUGAUCCGGAGCUGGGAGCCCGACUGGUACCACCGCCAACUGACAGAGUACAUCCUAGAACCCACGCCUGGCAGCGCCCUGCAGGCUUUUGCCCACUUGGGGGUGUUGUCCGUGGCCAGCUGCCUGGCACUUCUGCCCACACACCAAAUCGAGAGUUUGAGCGUGUUUCUCUCGGCAGCCACGUCGCUUUCCCGAGAAGAGGCCAAAGUCCUCAGGGGGUUGCCACUCUUCUUCAAGAUGCCUUCCCUCCUUCCGCCCAGCCCACCUGGCUUGGUGCCCGCCCAGAACCACUUGGCUUUAGAGAGAAGCCUGGUCCCACAGGUGCCGAAAGAACUGUUGACUCCGCAGACUGUGUUGUUGUGCCGCAGCGAAGCUGAACGGCGCCUGCUUUUGCAUCUCCAGAUAAACCUCUUGGGAGCACCAGGUCUGGGUAUUCUGUGUGUCAAAGCAGUGAAGCAGGGGGCAUAUGCCAGACAGGCACAAGGAGCCCGGGGAAUCAUGCUGUGGGUGCUGCGCAAUGCCGACGCCCUCUUCAGCCAGAGCCGAGAACUGCAAGCAUUGUGCCAUGACUUGCCAUUUGUAGAUUGCGGGUCUGGAGAGUUGGCCCGGCCCAGUGACCUUUACGACCCAGAUAACCACACUUUGCAGGCCUUGUUGAGACCACACCGCUUCCCCAGCGGGCCCUUCCGUGAGCCAUCGACGCUGCGGGCCCUCCGUGCUCUGGGGCUGAAAUCCGACCUCGCCGCUGUCUCUCCAGCCGAUGCACUGACGGCUGCACAGGACGUGAAUCAGCUGCAGGCUGCAGUUGCCAGUGCCAAAUCGCAGGCCCUGAUCCGGGUCUGCAAUGAGACCGGUCUGCUCUCGCGCUUGUCUUCACAGGAGCUGAAGCGGCUGCAGGGCCUGGCAUGGGUGCCUGCCAUUAACCCCUCCACGCUCAAGCCAGCCAACGGCUUCAUGGCACCUGAAACCCUUCGCUCAGAGAAGUACUCUGCUCUCGUGGGGCUGGUCAUGGGACUGACAAAUGCUUUUUGCCCGCAAGCUGCAACAGUGUUGGGGCUGGAGCAGCCGCCUCCACCGGAGAAGGUGGGAGAGAAUCUAGCUUGCCUGGCACGGGACUAUUUCUCUGAAGGGGCCAUAGUAUUAAUUUCACGGCUGCACAGCAUCUAUCAGCACAUGCAGCAGCGACUGCGGGAGUUCCACAAGCCCCCUGCAGGCCCUGUGAUAUGGAAUGGGAAUGGCUUCUCGCUGCCUGAGGACGUGGUGAUGGGCUACCCUGACAGCUUGGACCUUGCAGCCCUGAUGCCCCGAGUGCCCUCCGACUUCCAGCACUACGGGCAACUCUUUGCAGCCUGGGGUGUCCGUCAGUCACCCAGAGAGGAAGAAGUGUGCCAGGCCCUGCAUAAACUGGCAGAUUGCAUCAACGGCCAGCCGCAAGGCGGCACGCAAGCAGAACUGCGCCUCGUGGUGGCUGCCUUGGAUUGGUUCCGUGUCCAGGGUUACCAGGGGGAAAGAGAGAUGGUAGUGCCUAUGCAAAUCCCAGGGCGGGCGGGCUUCACUCUACUCCCGGCCAGUUCGGCGCUGUACUGUGAUAUGGACCAGUCCCGGCUUGCUGACCUAGAUGGAAACCCACCUACUUUGGUGCACGAAGCCGUCCCCCCAGCCACUGCGGCCUUCUUUAACGUGGAGAUGCUGAGCACUCGGUUGUCGGGCUUGGAAUUAUUUGAGCCUUGGGGUCCUUCGGAGCCUGUCACCCUCCGGAUCCGUAACAUCCUUCGUGAGUACUGCCAGGAUGCGGAUGUGUUCAAGGAACUGUUGCAGAACGCAGAGGACGCUGGUGCCAAAACCUGCCACUUCUUGGUGGACCUCCGGUUGCCCAACGGCACUACAGAAGGACUUCUGGACCCUGGCAUGGCUGCCUGCCAUGGCCCAGCACUUUGGGCCCACAACGAUGCCCUGUUCAGUGAAGCAGACUUCUCCAACAUCAUCCGACUAGGCGCAGCCACCAAGGAACACCAGCACGACAAAAUCGGCCGCUUUGGGCUUGGGUUCUGCACCGUGUACCACGUGACCGAUGCCCCCUCACUCCUCAGCGGCAGCACCAUACUCAUCUUCGAUCCCAACGUCACCCACCUCCGGAAGCAUAUCCCUGACCCAUCCCGGCCAGGCAUCCGUUUGAAGCUGAGUCAGCAGAACGCUGCCGUGUUCCCCGAGCAAUUUCGGCCGUACAGGGGCAUCUUUGGCUGUCAGAUUGGGAAGGAGUACCAAGGCACGCUCAUCCGCUUGCCCUUCCGCACUGAGCAGGAGGCAAAAGACUCUCAGGUUUGCUCACAGACUUUUGGACCCAAGCGAAUCAAAGCACUGCAGUCUGGUUUCCAGGAGAUGUACCAGGAUCUGCUCCUCUUUCUACACAAUGUGCAGGAAGUGUCGCUGGCCAACCUCCCUGAAGGUUCCCGUUCCCCAGAAGCUGCCCGACCGUUGGCUACAGUAACCAGGAAGCCGCUCGCCAAGAUGGAUGCCUCUGAUAUUGUGCAGCUGACGACAUCAUGGGAGUCUGAUGAUACUAUAAGUCAUUACCUGCUGCACUCCUGUUCUGGUACAGGGGAAGCCCGGAAGCUGUACCAAGAGGGAGGAAAGGAGAGUUUCAGCUUCUCGCCCCCUGCUGCCAGCGUUGCCUUGCCCCUCCGCCCUGCUACCACGGCUGGGCGUUGGGCUCCCGAUCUAGAGGACUUUGAGGGGCGCGUCUUCUGCUUUCUGCCUCUUCCUAUAGAGUCUGGCCUCCCACUGCACCUCACAGCGGCCUUCGCUGUGCUUAGUAAUCGCAAAGGGAUAUGGGAUUCCACCGAGAAAGGUCAGUGGAACAAGGCACUCCUUCAGGACUCGGUGCCGGGCGCCUGGCUUGGGGCUCUGUGCCAGCUUCGAGACAUGCACAGAGAGGGAAAGCUGGAGGGCUACGAGUACUAUACCUUCUGGCCCAGCGUCAGCAAAGCAAAGCAUCCUUUCAGUGAAGCAGCCAAGGCUUUCUAUCGAGCCUUAGUCAACGGUGUUGACGGGGAGCCGCCGAUUCUAUUAUCCGAUGGGGAGAGGUGGUGCUCAGCCCAGCAUGCUUGCAUCCUGGAUGCUGAUGUUAUCUGUGAGAAGCAGCUGAGACCUAUCGCUGCCAGGGUCUUCUCUUUACUCUUGUCAGAACCAAAGAUGGCGGUGAAUCUUCCGCUCUGGGUAAAGAUGAGUUUUACAGCAAGCACCUCGGAGGACGUUCUGUCUCCAAACACCUACAACUGGCCCCGCUUUUUCCGGGAGCUCAUCUUCCCCCAUUUACGUAAGCUGGCGGCGCCUGAUCGCAAUGCCCUGAUUCUUCAUGCCCUGGAUAUGAAGGACGCCAGUGUGGAUGAACUUCUGACAUCUCUGCCUUGCGUUCCUGCCACUCCAAACAAACACCUGAAACGCAUCGACAGGCUGGUGAAUCCAGGGGGGCGUGCUGCGCCACUCUACGCACCCGAAGACGGCCGUUUCCCCACCAACGCAGAGUUUCUGAAGCCAGAGAGGCUGGUGCGCUUGGGGCAACUUGGCAUGACCCAAGACUGGGUCGCCAUGGAGGAACUGAUCAACCGAGCCAGAACCGUGGCAGGCUUGUGGCACCGUGACCCGCGCCAGGCCUGCCUGCGUGCCCGCUGCAUCCUGACUCUCCUCGAGGACCAUCUCCGGAAAAGUGUCAGCAACACCACCCAAGUGGCUUUCAGAGAAAUUCCCUUCUUGCCAGCUGAGCUUCCUGGCAACCGCAACGGACUCUGUUGCCCCAACAAGAUUUAUCACUACAAGCUUCAGCCCCUGGUGGGCUUGAUCGAACCCGUUCUGGACAAGAAGGCCCUCGGUGAAGGCCUGAAGCUCUCCGCCGAACUGAAGGAGUUCUUAGGACUCAGCCACCAGCCACCAGUUGCCACAGUAUUAAUGCAGCUAGAAACAGCAUCGCGUGGCUCCAAUGCCCUGAACAGGACAGAGCUGGCUAAGAUGACACAAAGAUGCUACACCUUCCUAAAUGACAUGGUGCAGAAAAGCAGCCCGUGCAGGUUGGAGGUAUCCCAAAAGGCACAGACUUUCCCCUUUGUUCUGGUGGGUUCUAGUUUUGUGUCGGUGCGCUGUGUGGCCUGCAAAUUGGACUUCAACACUGCUCCUUACCUGUUUCGACUGCCUGAGGAAUACCAGCAUCAAAAGGAGCUGUGGAACUGUGUAGGGGUGUCUGAGACCUUUAAAGCGGAGGAUUAUGCUGCAGUAUUGCAAACACUGGCCAAGAAGACAGACGGAAAGGCUCUUUCCAAAGGGCAGCUGAACCUAGUCAUUGGACUGAUUACUGUAGGUCUAGUUGGGGCCUUGCCAAAGGGCCAGCAGCUGGACUCUUUCGUGGCCCAGAUCAUCUCUUUCCCAGACAGACACAAAAUCCUGCGUCCCUUGCCCAAGCUGCUGUUCGACGACACGCCAUGGAUGCCGCGGGAGGAAGGGAUCCUGCUUUGCCAUCCCAUGAUCUCGCGGGAAGUUGCCAUCCGCUGUGGAAUUCCCACCACAAGGCACCACAUGUUGUCACGCCGGCAAAUUCAGGACCUCUCCCAGUGGGCCACUGAUUUUGGUGCCAAGGAGGACCUCAACAUCCGGUUAGCCAACAUCCUCCGUGAGUACUCCUCCUCGCAGGAUGUGCUGAAGGAGCUUCUGCAGAAUGCGGACGAUGCCGGUGCGAGCAUCGUACACUUCCUCUGGGACCAGCGUCACCACCCCACACAUCGUAUCUUUGGUGACGAAUGGAAAGAUCUCCAAGGCCCAGCCCUCUGUGUCUACAAUGACCGUCCCUUUGAAAUGAGUGACAUAGAAGGGAUCCAGUGUUUGGGCUCCGGUGGGAAAGGUGGGCGGCAGGAUGCUACUGGCAAAUACGGUCUGGGGUUCAACACUGUUUACCACUUGACUGACUGCCCUGCCUUCGUGACGGGCAACAGUGCCCUGUGUGUGUUUGACCCCACGUUACACUACCUGCCCAGUUCGGAUGCUAUCUCUCCUGGAGGAAAGUUCAGCCUCACUAGGGAUUUCAAGGAAACCUUCCAGGAUGUUUAUGAUGCCUUCUUGCCUGAAGUGUUUGAUCUGGAACGAGGUACAGUUUUCCGAUUACCCUUGCGUACCCCUGCCAGGGCAGCAGUCUCCCCUAUCUGCCAGCGUUCUGUGUCGGAGGAGGAUCUGCUAAGUAUGUUGGAGGCUCUCAUGGAAGAGGCGGAUUGCUUCAUGAUGUUCCUCAACCAUGUCAACCGUGUGGUUUUCUCUGUGAUCAAGGAGAAUCAAAGGAUACCCGCAGAAGUGCUCUGGAUGGAGACUGAAGGCAGCGAGCCUGAAAGAUUGGAGUACCAGAAACAAUUCCACCAAGCCGCUGCAGCAGGUGGGAGAGACGUGGGCAAGCCGGUAAGAGUCUUUUAUAGAAUGAAGGUGAAGAAUAGCUUUGUCAAGAUCCCCAGCGAAUGGCUAAUCGGCAGACAGAUUGGAGUAGACAGCAUGGGCACUGUGGAAAGCAUGCAGCUGCCGCAUGGUGGCGUGGCCACUUGUCUUAGUGGGCAAGCCCCGGGCAGGGCCUUCUGCACCCUGCCGCUGCCGGCGAAAACUGGCCUCCCCAUUCACAUCAAUGGGAACUUUCAGGUGGACUCUGCUCGGCGGGACUUGCGGAAGGACGACAACAAGGACAGUCCUGAGAUAGUGUGGAAUAGCUUUCUGCUGCAGAACCUCAUUGCCCCUUUGUAUCUCCACCUACUUGAGGAGCUGCGCAAGACCCUGGGAAACCCACCACCAGCGUCCUUCUCCCUGGAAAAGUGUGAGCAAGUGUUAGAUUCAGGUUACUUGCGGCAUUUCCCGCUUGUGACAGAUCAUGUCCCCCCAUUCUGGCAUCAGCUAGUGAACCGUGUGUACGUGCUGGCAUCUGAGAAGCAGCUUCCACUGUUGCCCAUCUACCAGAAGGAGAGUAAAUCCAUGCAUAAGCAUAGCAUGGAGGUGGUGCGUGUGUACUGGAGCGCACCCCAACGAGGACACCCGACUAAAGAGCCCUAUUUCCUGAAUUCUACACUAAAUGGCUCUCUUGAAAAUGCUCUCCAGAAUCUGGGCAUGCUCUUAGUCCCUGCCUUCCAGCGUCUUCAGGACAUCCGUGACCAAUUCGUCAAGGCAGGAGUUGACAUCCUAACCCUGGAUUCUCCAUCCCUCUGCACCUUCCUCAGGAGUUUGCCUGGCUUACGUCUGCCAUGUCCAUUAAACCAAACAUCCAUGAAGGAUACUUCGUACUGUUCUGCUCUUCUCAACUUUUGCCUUAAUGGGCUGUGCUCCGAGGACAUCAGAUGCCUGGAAGGUCUCCCUUUACUGAUAACCCGGGAUGAUGUGCUCCGGGGUUUCAGUCGGCAGGACCCUGUCUACCAGAGCAGCGCUUUCGAACUUUUUCCAUGCCGUCGUGAUCGUUUCUCUGCCUGCCUCAUUGACAAGCAGGAGGCCAAGCAACUGUUACUAGAGACUGGGUUUAUUAAACAGUUCACCCUCAGCGAAUCUGCCGUUUACAUCCAGGAGAGACUGAGGUUGAAAGAUUGGGGCACUGGUGAUAAUAAACGCAGCUGGCUACGUGGGGUGUGGGAGUUCUUUGAAAAGCAGAUCUGCGCAUCUUCCAAGCAGGACAAGAGGAACCAGCUGUUCCAAGAGCUAGUGUCCCUCUUCAACGGCUGGUCUGUUCUCCCAGUGUGUGGCUGUGGUCAGGAGCUGAUUCCCCUCGACUCCCUGAACACGGUUGUGCAAAGCCACCCUGGGGAGGUUGCUAAAAUACUCUGCAAGCUGGGCUUUGCCAAGCUAUUAUCUGUUCUUCUGCCCCCAAAGCUCAUUGCAUGCUGCAUUGAGCCACAACUGCUUCAGACAGACGACCCUGCCGCGGUGCUGUCACAGUUGGCUGCCCGGACUGGCCUGCAUUGGCAUGAGCUUGAACACUGGGAAUUUGAAAAUCUCUUGAGGUUCCUGAGCCAAGAUCUGCGGAAGAGUGACCAUGGAUUACUCAACAAGCUGAAGUCCUUGCCAAUAUUUGAGACUCAUGAAGGAGAGCAUGUCUCACUGGCUUUGUACCAGAAUGUGUACUUGCUGCAGUCCUGUAUCCCAGAGAUGCCCAGGAACUUUAGGGAGCUUUAUGAGGCAGAUAAAAAGACGGUUUUGCUAAAAGACAACGUACUGAACAGAAAACUGAGCAACUGCUUGGGCAUUGGUGUAAUGAACGAUUUGCAGCAGUUUGUGAAACUCCUCUUGCCUCAUCUGCCGCGUCUCCCGGAGGCCCGUCUGCUAGAGGCAGUGAAGUUACUCCUCCUUAUCAAGACAUACUAUCCACAGUACAAGGAUCAGAAGGAGACUGUGAUAUCAAACUUCCAAUCCAUAGCCUUCAUCCGGGACAAGCAAGAUGUGCUGCGUCCUGCGUCUUACUUCUAUGACAGCGGCGUUGUUCUUUUUCAGAAGAUGGGGUUGGAUUCUCAAUUUGUGCCAGACAAAUUCUACAAGAGUGUGUGGUCAGGCAACAAAUUAGAAGUGAUUAGUUUCUUAAAGGAUGUGGGCCUGCGGCAUGAAGCCACUGAGGAUGAUUUCCUGCAGUUUGCCAUCCAGAUUCAGAGGGAAUCUUUGAAGCACGGCGCUAUGUACGGUGAGCUUCCUGCCAAACGAGAAGAACUUCUUUCACACCUGUUUCAAAGGGAAAGCGAGUCUUUAUCAGGUUCCUUCUUGGAUCAGCUGUCCCAGAUCCGUUUCUUGGCACCUUGGGCCAUCCGUGCUGAUUUAUGCAAACUCCACUCACCGUUAGUCUCUGACAACACCGCAGUAGCACCCCAAGGUUCUUUAUGUACUUGGGAGAAAACUGAACUUGCUUGGACAUCAGCAGUGAUUCUGCGUCCUGUUGGAAAGUUGGAUGAAAAUGCAAAAGCCAUUCUGGCACACCUAAGGGUACAAUGUACCUUAUCAGCCCAGUUGGUCCUGACAAAUUUGAAAAAUGUAUGUCAGGCAGCAUGCGAUACCCAGAAAACCAGGAAAACCCGGGCAGAUGUCCUCCGACUGAUGUAUGAUUACUUGUCGGAACAGGAGUCUAUAGAAACUGGAUAUGUCAGUGGGUGCCCUGUGGUGCUGGUAAAUGAUGAUGAAGUAGCAGAGGCCCAGCAUGUGGUGGUGUCCUUGGCCAACUGGCGUGAAUUCCGGCCAUACCUCUACAGGUUACCCCCAAAGCUGGCUCCGUACAUGGAACUUCUGGAGAAAUUUGGGGUGAAAGUUGAACCUACCAUCCAUCACUAUGCCAGUGUCUUGGACAGGGUCCACAAGGAGACCACACAGAAGCGCACGCUGCAACCCAACCUCAUUAUAACAAUAAUGCAAGCCACUCUAUGCUUCUUCCAGCUUCUUGCUAAAGCAGAGGACACAGUGGACUUCUCAGACCUGAAGGAACUCCAUCUGCCUUGCACUGAUGGGAAACUUUACCCAUCUAAUACCCUAGUCUUCAACGAUUGUGCCACUGGCCAAUGCCUCCAGGCCUUGCAGGGUUCCUUUCACUUCCUAGUGGAUGUAUUCAGUGGCUCCCUGUCAAUUAUUUAUAACCUAUUGCUUCAGCUGCCAGAAGCCCUGCGACCCAUGAGACUGUCAGAUAUCACCAAAGAGCAACUGGAUGAAUCGUCUCUAGAACUCUGCUCCUAUGGAGUUCACUGUGAGUUCCAGUCCCGCCUGAAGGAACUUUUGGUCGCUCCUGAGUUCCAGGAUGCCCUUGUUGCACUGCUAAGGUGGCAGAAAACAACCAAGAAAGUGGACGAGGAGGAAGCAGCAGCCAGGGUACAUGUUGGACUCUUCUCACUGGAGCAAUUGGAGGUUAUCUGCUGUGAGAUGCUGUGCACCAUGAUGGUUCACAAGUCACAGUGCUUGAAGGGGAGCCAAGAGGCCAAGACAGUGUAUGUUGCGACGACGCCAGAUGGGAAGCAGUGCAUUUACCUUUUGCACCAGGAGUGUUUGGGUCACCGACAAGCUGUAAAGAUCUCUGAAACCUUGGCUGAAGAAGUGAACAAGCUUCUUGGAGAGAGACUUAAUGCGCGUGCCAUGCGUGUCCUCAGAGAGAUUCUGGCUUGCCGAGAACCAGAAGAAAUUGCUAAAGUGCUGAAUGAACACAAAGUGCCCCUCCGGAAGUUCGCCAUCAGAGAUGCCUUCACCCUUCCUGAUCCCGGGGAGGAGAUUCCCGAGGAGUGGCAUGACAGCCUGGACAUGAGCAUUCUGCAUUCCUUUAUGCCAAAAGAUUACGUGGGUUACUUGGACCCUUCAGUGCAAGGUGAGCAUUAUGUCUACGCUGUGGUCUUGGAGGCCCUGGGGCCGCAGCAGAGUGGAGCUGGACAGGUGCACAUGUACCGCGUCAAUGUGGGAGGUGGGCAGCAGUUAGAGGUCAGUGCUCACGAUCUUUACCACUUCCGGCAGAGCAUGCCGGCGUCUGACACAAGCAAAGCUGUGGUGUUGGCACAAAGUCCCCCUGAUGGUGCCACAGCAGCGGGUCUAAGCGGUGGCGAUUGGUACCAGCAGCCGCUGAGCGAAGUGAAGAAAAAAGUGGAUGCCUGGCUAGCUGAGAUUUGGGACCUGUCAGAGGGAGAGAGGAAGAAGGCCAUACGAAGGCUCUACCUGUGCUACCACCCAGAUAAAAACUUAGGUCAGGAGGACUUAGCCAACGAAAUCUUCAGGUACCUUAAAGAGAAAAUCAAGGAGAUGCAGAACAAGGGAAAGGCCAAGAGUUGUACUAGUGGAGGACCUGGAAGCAGCGGUUCCUUCAACAGAAACAGCUGGAACUUCUCAAACCAUUGGAACGAAUGGGACCAGCAAGCUUAUCGACACCGAGAGACACGUCAGGAAUUUACCAGACAAAGACAGAGUGGAAGAGGCGGAGGCAACUUCACAUACAACUUCUGGUCCUUCUAUAGUUCUGGCACAAAAGGGUAUAAGCCAAAGUGCCCUGGCAUGGAAGAGGCAAGGCGCUGGCUACGGCAAGCAGAGUGUGACCUGCGGGCAGCAGCCAACGAGGUUGCGAACGGCAGCACGGAAUGGCUGCUCUACAAAACUUACCGAGCGGUGCAGAAGGCCCUCACAGCGGUCCGGUACAAGCAGGGUGGGCAUUUUGACAGCGAUCUGUCUGUCGCAGUGCUGGCCAAGGUGGUGACGCACGGGCAAGAGCUGGCCGUGAUUCGUGACCAAGCGGCCAGACUUCGGCAGUAUGGCAUGGACGACAAGACGACGCAGUAUCCCAGUUAUCACUCGCCACCCACCAUUCCCAACGAGGCCUUCCGCACAUGCAAAGAACGGGAAGUGCUGCUGUUGGGUCAGGAGAUUCUAGACACAGUACAGAGAUGGCUGGGCCAGUUUUGA